AUGCGUUAUUCGCUUGGGAUUGCGAAACGUAUUCAGAAAAAAAACAGUCGAAGAGCAAUUCCUUAUGCCCGCACUUUAAUUAAUUUAGAAAAACUAAGAAAAAAGAUAGAAACGAUAAAAAAUAUCUUUCCAAAUAUAAAUCCUACUGAUAAUGUUCCAGAAGAAUUUUAUGAUAAACUAAUGAAUGUAGUAGAACUGUUUGUAGAUACAGAUUGUAUAGAUCAAAUGUUGAAAUAUUUAGGUCAAUAUGAUAGAAAGAGAUUAAUAUUAAUUUCUCAUAACGGCAGUGGAUUCGACAACUGGAUCGUGCUUACAAAUGCAAAAAAACUAACGCAUUGCCCUUUAAAAACACCUAGAGGAAUUCUAUCUUUUUCUUUAUCUAAUCCAUACACAGAUGAAGAUUUACAGAAAAAAUGGAAAAGACAGAAAGAAAUAAAGGGUAAUUAUUUACAACAUAUUAAUUUCACGUGUUCCUACCAACACGAAUCCUCUAGUUUGGCUGCAUGGGGAAAUUCUUCCAAUCUCCCCGCGAAUUUGAGAAAGAUUGCCGACGUAGAUAUCGCUAAAUACACGCAAGACAACUGGGAGGAAUUGAGACACGAAUGGGAACCUUACGCCAAGAGAGACACUCUCUGUUUGGGAGCUUGUUUGAUAAAAUACAACCAAGUCACGAAAGAAGUUGUAAACCAGAAUAUGUCCAAUAAUCUAAUGGCUCCAUCUUUAUCUUUAAAGGGUUGGUAUUAUUUAUAUCAUUACGAUAAAGAAAUGGUGGAAGAAGAAUGGUAUGAAACUACUAGAAUGGUUGCGAAACAUACCGAAAAAGAAAAUAUAGAAAAAGUUUAUUCGCAUACUAAUCCUUUUAUAAGAAAUUUUAUCAGACGAUUUAUUAAAGGAGGAAGAGUUUCGGCAAAUAGAAAAUCAUUUGAAACGAACAAAAUGGAUGACAUUUGUAACGUAUUAAAGGAAUAUAUUUCACAAACAGAAAGUAAUAACAUAAUUGAUUUAUUCAAAGAAUACAGUGCAAGCACAAAAGACAAAACGGAGGUUCAUUCGAGACUUAAAAAAAUAGAAUGUACUAAACUAAUGGCAUUUGAUGCUAACGGUUUAUACGCUUCCGCCAUGUCGGAUUUAGACAGUGAAUAUCCGAGAGCGGAAAGUGGAAGACCGUUUCUACCAGAAGAAGAAAAAGAAUUUGUAAAACUCUUCAAUAAACAAAAAUUCAGACCUAGAACAGCUAUUUUAACAGUGUGGUUUGACUAUCCCAAAAACAUGUUCUUCCAACCGAUACCAGCUAAAGAUAAAAUCACUUUCACGAAUAAAGAAGGUAAAAAGGAAACUGGUAACAAAAUCAGGUUCAGAAAAGGUUUCUGUCACGACGUUUUAACAUCGGUCGAUAUUCAAGAAAUAGUGAAAGCCGGUGGAAGAAUUAUUAGAAUAUUAGAUGGUAUAGUUUACGAAGAAAAUUUUAAAACUCCACCCUAUAGAGAUUAUAUUUUAAUUUUGAGAGAUCUAAGAAAUAAAUAUAAACGAGAAGGUAAUAUCGUGGGUAGUAAUUGCAUGAAAUUAUUAGGUAAUUCCUUGUAUGGUAAAUCAAUUCAGAAAGAUAUAUUCACAACUAGACAUUUAUGGAAUGAAGCAACUUUACAGGCCAACUUUGAUUCACGUGUUAAAACCUAUGAGAAAAUUAAUGAUACUCAAUAUAUUGUUGAAACAGAAAUUGAAGAAAAAGAGAUUACUACCGAAGAUAGUAAAUCUACACGACUAACACCUAGUCAUUUGGGAUCAUUCGUUUUAUCAGUAAAAAAAAUAAUGAACAAUUUCAUUCACGUCAUAAAUGGAUUUUAUAAACCCGAAAUAUACUAUACCGACACCGAUAGUUUGUACAUUUCAUCCAAAAAUUGGAAAAAACUAAACAGAGCUGGUUCGGUCUCCGAAAAAGACUAUUGCAAAGGUAAAAACGAUUACGGUGACGGUGGAAUUAUAUUUGGUUUAUAUUUAGCACCAAAAGUCAAAUACAACAUCGUUUUGACUUCUGAUGGUGUCUUAAAAGAAAAGAAAACGUUUAAAGGUUAUUCUAAUGAUAAGAUAAGUGUAGAAGAUUACGUUCAGUUAGCAAGCGGACAUGAUGUGUCGAACGAAUUUAAUAAACCAUUGGAAAAAAGUUUCACCAAUGGAGUAGUUAUUCCAAAUGAUAAACAAACUAAAGUUUUUAGUGAAAGAAAUAGUGAAAGCCGAGAUCUAAGAAAUAAAUAUAAACGAGAAGGUAAUAUCGUGGGUAGUAAUUGCAUGAAAUUAUUAGGUAAUUCCUUGUAUGGUAAAUCAAUUCAGAAAGAUAUAUUCACAACUAGACAUUUAUGGAAUGAAGCAACUUUACAGGCCAACUUUGAUUCACAUAUUAAAACCUAUGACAAAAUUAAUGAUACUCAAUAUAUUGUUGAAACAGAAAUUGAAGUUAAAGAGAUUACUACCGAAGAUAGUAAAUCUACACGACUAACACCUAGUCAAUUGGGAUCAUUCGUUUUAUCAGUAAAAAAAAUAAUGAACAAUUUCAUUCACGUCAUAAGUGGAUUUUAUAAACCCGAAAUAUACUAUACCGACACCGAUAGUUUGUACAUUUCAUCCAAAAAUUGGAAAAAACUAAACAGAGCUGGUUUGGUCUCCGAAAAAGACUAUUGCAAAGGUAAAAACGAUUACGGUGACGGUGGAAUUAUAUUUGGUUUAUAUUUAGCACCAAAAGUCAAAUACAACAUAGUUUUGACUUCUGAUGGUGUCUUAAAAGAAAAGAAAACGUUUAAAGGUUAUUCUAAUGAUAAGAUAAGUGUAGAAGAUUACGUUCAGUUAGCAAGCGGACAUGAUGUGUCGAACGAAUUUAAUAAACCAUGGGAAAAAAGUUUCACCAAUGGAGUAGUUAUUCCAAAUGAUAAACAAACUAAAGUUUUUAGAAGUUAUUUGAAUAAUGUUAAAAGAAAACCACCAAACAGUGAAGGAAUUAUGUAUCCUUACAACGACAAAGAUGAGUAUAGUUUUGAUGAAAACUAUGAAUUUGAUGAUUUCGAUUAUCUUACUAUUCAAGAAGAGAAUGAAUAUUGUUUUAAAUGA